AUGGUCCUCGCCGCCGUAUUGUCUAUGCUCAGAUAUGUGAGCUUUUCGGACGAUCGUGACUUUGUCGACCGACUACACUCAUAUUUUACCUGCAAUAUUCUGAUCGGGCUCAGUAUAUUAGUUAGUUUCAAGCAAUUUGGCGGGAAACCGGUGGAAUGUCUAGUGCCGGAUAUGUUUAGUUCUUCAUGGGAACAGUACGCAGAAAACUACUGUUGGGCGCAAGACACGUAUUUUGUGCCAAUGUCCAAACAUGUCUCAGUAAUGGGAACCGAAGAGAAACGAGCCCGAAAAAUUAGCUACUAUCAGUGGGUCCCGUUCUUCUUGUUAAUAGAAGCUGCGUUCUUUCGCCUUCCGUCGAUACUCUGGAAAUACCUGGGAAACCAUUCAGGCAUUAAAAUCCAUGAAAUUGUCAAAUUGACCUCGGAUCCAAACAACAUCAAACCGGAUAUAAAGAAGGCCAAUUUGAAAGCGUUGUCGAAUCAUUUGCAGGGGGCACUUCGGUUUCAUCGCAGAAUCCACAAACGUCAAGUGCAGCCUCAUAAGUUGUUCACCGUCUGCAACUUACCGUACUCUGCUUUUUUCGUCACGUCCGUCUACAUUAUCACCAAGUUCUUCUACCUGGCCAAUGUGUGCUUUCAGCUGUUUUUGAUGAAUAGCUUCCUUGAAACGGAUCGAUAUCGUUGGUACGGUUUUGAGGCGCUUGUUGACCUAUUGGCCGGCCGUAACUGGGAGCAAAGCGGAAUGUUUCCACGGGUAUCGCUAUGCGAUUUUGAUGUUCGUGUGAUGGGAAACAUCCAAGAACACACCAUUCAAUGCGUGCUAGUAAUCAAUAUUUUCAAUGAGAAGAUAUUUAUCUUCUUAUGGUUCUGGUACUGUAUGCUGGUCGUAUUCACAUUGGGCUCGUUUCUCUACUGGCUUUUCGUGGCGCUGACGCCAUCGAUGAGUCGCCGUUUUGUCAGCCGUCAUCUGGAGAUGGCCGACGUUCCAUUCGACUUAGAAACGCAAAAAGAGAAUGUGGAUUGUUUCAUCGACACGUACCUACGUAGUGACGGGGUUUUUGUAAUCCGGAUGAUAACAUUACAGUCUGGAGUGAUAUUUGGGACUGAAUUGGUGGCCGAUUUGUGGCGAACAUUUGUUGGAAUGCCAGAGUUAGUAAAGAGAUCGAACAGUGGCGCGGAAAUACAUUGGAAACCAACUGAAAUGGAAACCGAACUGGUCCGCCGGAAAAUCGCCGAAGGUGAGACGAAGGACCGCGCAGAAUUGGAGACCUUUCUCCAUCAACCAAGCUGGCGAGCCAGCAGCCCUCCACUCGAGAUGAAGUCCCCGAUUUCCACUGGGGUCAAACCUAAUGCCACCACAGGAGGAGUCAAUCGACCAACCGGACGGAAUCCACUUUACCGCAAACCGGCAGCA